CUGUAUGCAUCCGGGGUGUCCGGCUAGUAGAUUAAUACUAUUUUUAUUCAGUUUUAAGUGAUUUUAUUUGAUUUUUCCAGUUUGUACUGGCUUUUACUUGAAUGAUUUAUAGUUUGAUUUAUAUUUUUCUUACAGUUUUAUGCUUUUUUGGACAACACAUGAACGAUGGAACAAGAAAUAAGAGCUAUUGUUCUUGGAUGGCAGAAAUCUGACAAAGCCUCAGUGAUAAACCGCAUUUUAGGAGUCAAGGUGGAGUCUGACGAAUACUUUGUGAAGUCUGUGAAGAGAGAGGGUGAAGUGAGCGGAAGGAAGAUAUCUCUGAUCAACACGCCGUGCUGGUGGGAGAUCUUCGGUUUGCAGGAUUCCCCAGAAGUUGUCAAACAAGAACUGGUUUGCAGUGUUUUUCUGAGUGAACCAGGACCUCACGUCUUUCUGCUGGUCAUUAAUCUCAGUUUGCCUUUUACUGAAGAAAACAGAUUCAGCAUCGAGAAGCACCUCGGUCUCUUUGGAGAGAGUAUCUGGAGACACACAAUAGUGAUCUUUACAGGAGUCGACAAAUCCAUCGAGCGGCACAAACUGAACCAAGAUCUUCAGCUGAUCAUAAAGAGCUGUGAAGGAAGAUAUCACGCCUUUGAGACUGAAACUAAAAGUGCUGGAGUCCAACAACUGCUCAUCAAGAUUGAUGAUGUUGUGGCAGCAAACAAUGGCAAGCAUUUUGAAACUCAUGAUGAUGUGCUACUAGAGAUAAAGACAAAAAGAGAAGAAAUAAAUGAAAAAGCAAAAGCCAGACAGAAAUGGUUGCAGGACAAACGAGACACACUGAAAAAUAUAAAAGAUGAAUCCGUGGCUCCGGUAUCAGCACUGAGGAUUGUUCUGCUGGGAUGGAUCCUAUCUGGCAAGAGUUCAGCAGCAAACACUAUUUUUCAUAAUAAAACAUUUGAAAAAGAAGGUACAAAAAAGUGCACAAAAUACUCUGGUGUUGUAAAUGACAGAAAUGUGACUGUGUUAGACACGCCAGGCUGGUGGAAGUAUUUUUCACCUAAAUUCAACCCAAAGUUUGCGCAGGCUUCAAUCCUGGAGAGCGUGGGACAAUCACAACAAAUGAAAUUCCCUCACGCCAUGAUCCUAGUGAUUCCUAUUGACACUUCAUUCAGUAAUGGACAGAAACUAAUCAUUAAACAGUACAUGGCCACUCUAGGAGACGACGUCUGGAGACACACUAUAGUUCUGUUCACUUGGGGCGACAGAUGUAAAGACAUCUCAAUCGAGCAGCACAUCGAGAGUGAAGGUGAAGCACUGAAGUGGCUGGUUGAGAAAUGCAGGAACAGAUAUCACGUCUUUGACAACACAGACAAGAACAAUCGAGAUCAAGUCACAGAGCUGCUGCAGAAGAUUGAUGAGAUGGUGGCAGAAAACAGUCUGUUCAGUCUCAACACUCAGUGUGCUGAAGAAGAAAACUUCCACGAGACUAAUAUACAACAAGAUGAGGAAUUUAGUUUUAACGCUGACAAGUUACUGGCGUUAAUGUUCCAUGAGCUGAAAAACAGGAGUGAAGGGAUAAAAAGGAAGCUACAAGAAUUAGAGAUGGACGUCACUGGAUGCAUAAAAGACAAAAGUGAUCAAAGCAUGGAAUAUCCCAUAGAAUUAAAAGCUGACGAGAAACUCAUGGAGAAGGUAAAGAGAGAAGGAAGCAGAUGGGAGGCAAUUUUAAUGGACGGGAUAUUGAACAUUCAGAAUCCUAAACGAUCUUGUGAUGAAAAUAUGAGCGUCAAUGAAAAGAUGUCUUGGUGGUUUCAAAAAUAUGAGGAAUACAGCACAUCAGAAACUUCGGGAUAUAAAACAGAACAAUCUGAUCCAGCAGAACAUCCACAGAAUCUAGAGGAGUCAGAUAAUACAUCUGAUGUUGGAUGAAAAUAUAAUUUGUCUGUAAAAACCAGUUCGCAAAGUAAAACUUGCUCUUACUUAG